AUGACGUUCGACGCGUCGACGCGGAGAACGGGCAACGUCCUCAUCGCGUCCUCUUUGCUCUGUUUCAGCGGAGGCGUGUAUUACUACGCGGUGACGCAAGGGAGGAAAAAAUUAGAUAAAGACGUGCACGAGUCCAUCGUGAAGCGGAGGAGAUUAUUAGAGGAGCAGGAAGAGGAGCGAAGAGAGAUGAAGAAGAAGAAGCGGUGGUUAUGGCGAUCGUCGUCGUCUGAAUCGUCGUGA